AUGGGCUGCAAACCACCAAUGAUUCACAGAGAUAUCAAAUCUACUAAUAUACUUCUUGGUAAGAAUUUCCAAGCUAAACUUGGCGAUUUUGGCCUUUCAAGAUCUUUUCCAGUGGGAAAUGAAACUCAUGUGUCAACAAAUGUGGCUGGAUCGCCAGGUUAUCUUGACCCUGAAUAUUACCGAACAAACUGGUUGACAGUGAAGAGCGAUGUCUUCAGUUUUGGAGUUGUAUUACAGGAAAUCAUUUCUAGCCAGCCUGUGAUUGACCCUUACGCGUUAACCAAUGGAGAUAUCAAAAACAUUGUGGAUCCAAGUCUCAUUGGGGAUUAUGACUCUAGUUCAAUGUGGAAGGCUCUUGAGCUCGCAAUGUCACGCGUUAGUGCAUCCUCGUCUGGAAGACCAAAAAUGUCACAGGUUGCAAAUGAACUACAAAAGUGUCUCUUAUCUGAAAACUCAAGGAAAGAAGGCAGACAUGAUGUGGACUCCAAAAGUUCUGUUGCACUGAGCACAAGCUUUGGGACCAAACACAAUCCUGAUGCACGCUAA